AACCGAAGUGAUGAGAGAAAUCAUUAAACUUGGCCUCAACUAUGGUUUACAUGUCUCCUGGGACAAACUUAACAUCUCUACCUUCGAAGAUACUCAUACUUUCACUCUGGAAAGAAAAACCAAAACGCCUUUACCCCCUCUAAACACACCG